AUGCGCUUCUCUGUCGCCUCCCUUCUCUUCUUGGGAGCAACUUUGGUUGCUGCUGGCUCCGUCCCCGACGAUUCCAGUGCCUCCUCCAGAAGCGCUCACUCCCUCAGCCGAACCGGUAACAACUUGAAGGCUCGUAGCAAUAUCUUUGCCCGUGCUUCAGGAGAUGAGCACUGCUCUGGACGGGGCGUAACCUGCCAGAGCUGCUUCGGUAGCGGUUACAAGGAAUGCCCUAACGAUUCGACCAAGUGCUACAACCCAGAUGACCCAAGAUACUCUAGCUGUGACCCCUCUGGCGGUAGCGGCGGUUCUGGCGGCAGCGGCGGCAGCAGCGGUGGUAGCAGCGGCGGCUCUGGUGGAUCUGGCGGCUCCGGUGGCAGCAGCGGCCCUACCGACGAGAGCUGCGCUCGCCAGUACGGCACUGGAAACAAGGUCUGCGGUACUGACAGCUGCUACAACCCAACUGUGGGAGAGACCUGCUGCCAAAACACUGGAAAAAGUGCUCCAAGUCUGGCACCCUUUGCUGUGCUCCUAAACCCUGAUUGCAGAGGUAUUAGCUCCAAUGACAGCACCACUACCUCCUCCAGCACUUCAACCUCUACCUAUACUUCUGGAAGUUCUUACCCAACAUCCACUAACGUCUCUGGAUCUUCUCCAUCAUCUUCGCCAGAUACGCCUCAAAGCAACGGUGCUGGCUGCCUCUCUGUCAACGUUUUCCCCAUCCUUGCCGGUGGACUGGGUGUGAUCGCCGCCCUCUAA